CUCCACUCCAGUCCAAGUCCUAGCCCGCCAGGAAGCCGGAGCAUCGCGCCUGCACCGCACGCCCACAGGCCCACAGCAAGCACCAAACAAGCCAAACGAUGGCGCUCCUGGUGCUGCGCGCGCCUGCAGCCGUCCACGCGGCCUCCCGGCUGCUCCCUCCGCAGCCGCGGCGGCGGCGGCGGCUCGUGGCCGUCGCCUCGGCGGCGUCCUCCGCGCCGUCCGGCGAGGUGUCGUCCCAGCACGGCGGCGGCGGCGGCGGCGGCUACGGGAUCGUGGGCGGGCCCAACGGCAACGCCGUCGUGCCCGCCACCAAGUCCACCGUCGUCGAGACCACCGUCGAGAGGGUUAUCUUCGAUUUCCGGUUCCUGGCGCUCCUCGCAGUCGCGGGGUCACUCGCCGGCUCCCUCCUGUGCUUCCUCAAUGGCUGUGUCUUCAUCAAAGAGGCAUACCAGGUUUACUGGUCGAGCUGCGUCAAGGGGGUCCAUACGGGACAGAUGGUCCUCAAAGUCGUCGAGGCCAUCGAUGUGUAUCUUGCUGGAACGGUCAUGUUGAUAUUUGGGAUGGGUCUCUACGGUCUCUUCGUCAGCAACGCUUCCGCGGGUGUUGGUUCUGAAUCCGACCGUGCCCUGAGCGGAUCGUCGCUGUUCGGGAUGUUCGCUUUGAAGGAACGCCCCAAGUGGAUGAAGAUCACCUCCCUCGACGAGCUGAAGACAAUAGUGGGGCACGUCAUCGUGAUGAUCCUGCUGGUGAAGAUGUUCGAGAGGAGCAAGAUGGUGACAAUCGCCACGGGGCUGGACCUCCUCAGCUACUCGAUCUGCAUCUUCUUGUCGUCGGCCUCUCUCUACAUCCUGCAUAACCUCCACAAGGGCGACGACCAUGAGGAGUGAGGAGAGUGUGCAAUAUAAUGCCGAAUCUGUAACUCUAUGACAGAAGAGAUAAUGGUUAGGCUUGGGUUCAGCUGCCAUGUACCUUCCUGGACCCACGUUUCAGUGAGCAUGGGUGUCACCUGACCUGACAUGCCCUUUCAAAGCCUGGUCCUGAACUCAGACCACCAUCUGUUUUACUAUAUGGUCUGUAUAGUAUGGUUUUAUUUCGUAGUGAUUGAGGAGAAUUUCAUUUUUCUUCCCCCUCUUGUUUCAAUGGACUGUAAGACUUCUAAGAGACCUACUGGGCUACUGGCGCCUAUUGCUUUGGUUGGUGUGGUUAACUGACGGUACUGUGGUGUAUUCGAAAGAAAAGAAAAUAACUGAUGAUGGUGUCC